GCCCCCAUAUAAAAUGCUGCGGUAGCUAUGGGGGCGGCUCAGUACAAGGGGCAGUGGAGCGGCGUGAGGAUAUUUACUGACUCCCGGGAACGAGGGAUUUAACCGGGGGAGGCACCGGAUUAUACAAACGGGAACCGACACGCCAGCUCCGAUUACCAGCUGGAUGCCGGAAAAGAAGAAACCACAUGUAAUAUCCACUGACAUCAGAAGCUAAACUCUUUCUGCAAAGCAUUAUGGGGCCUUUGCAGAGUCUUUUCCUCCUCAUUUGUACCUUACGAAAGGGCGCCUCUUUGUUCCCAACCUUUGCGGUGUCGGAUACAUCUCUUACUCACCUUGCAGUGCAUAAACACACAGGCGAUGUCUAUCUUGGAGCAGUGAACAGGAUCUUUAAACUCUCAGAGAAUCUGACUGAAUUGCGGUCCCAUCUCACCGGCCCCAUUGCAGAUAAUUCAAGCUGUUACCCUCCUCCAAGUGUGCGUGUCUGCACCCACAAGCUGUCACCUACCGAUAAUGUCAACAGGCUCCUGCUGAUAGACUACACUGGGAAACGGGUGGUUGCUUGUGGCAGUGUCUGGCAGGGGAUCUGUCAGUUUCUACGGCUUGACGACCUCUUUAAGUUGGGUGAACCUCACCACCGCAAAGAACAUUAUCUGUCAGGGGCUCGAGAGGCAGAUUCUAUGGCUGGAGUUAUUGUGGACCAGGACCUGGAGCAGAGUAAGCUUUUCAUUGGUACCUCCAUAGAUGGCAAAUCUGAAUACUUCCCAACGCUAUCCAGUCGCAGAUUAGUGCAGGAUGAGGAGAGUGCAGAAAUGUUCCGUUUGGUUUAUCAGGAUGAGUUUGUCUCAUCCCAAAUCAAGGUGCCCUCUGACACAUUGUCCCUGCACCCAUCCUUUGACAUAUACUAUGUGUAUGGAUUUGUCAGCAAGAUUUUUGUUUAUUUCCUCACACUCCAACUGGACACACAACAGACUUUGCUGGAUGCCACAGGGGAGAAAUUUUUUACUUCAAAAAUAGUACGGAUGUGUUCUGGAGACCUUGAGUUUUACUCUUAUGUGGAGUUUCCAAUUGGCUGCACCAAAGAUGGAGUUGAAUACAGGCUCAUUCAAAGUGCUUACCUCAGUCGGCCUGGCCAGAAAUUGGCAGAAGCUCUCGGGAUCCCAGAAGAUGAAGAAGUCUUGUUUACAGUUUUCUCUCAGGGACAGAAGAAUCGCUCCAACCCACCUAGGGAGUCAGUACUUUGUCUCUUCACCCUUAGCCAAAUCAACCUUCAUAUCAAGAUGCGCAUCCAGUCUUGCUACCAUGGAGAAGGAAAAUUGUCCCUGCCGUGGUUGCUCAAUAAAGAGUUAUACUGCAUCAGCACGCCCAUCCGUAUUCACGAUGCUUUCUGUGGGCUGGCUCUCAAUCAGCCAAUCGGGGGUCUGCAGGUGAUUGAAGGUAUUCCCCUCUUGGAGGAAAAGGUGGAUGGAAUGGCUAGUGUAGCAGCUUAUAGCUACAAUGAGCAUUCUGUGGUCUUUGUGGGCACCCGUGCAGGAACACUGAAAAAGAUCCGUGUGAAUAGCCCCACAGAUGUUGCCCUUUAUGAGAGUGUUCCAGUGGUUAUAGGAAAGCCGAUCCUCAGAGACAUGGUAUUCAGCCCUGACUGGCAGUCCAUAUACAUCCUGAGUGAGAAACAGGUGAGCAAAGUUCCUGUUGAAAGUUGCCAGCAAUACAACUCGUGCAUUUCUUGCCUGGGAUCUGGAGACCCACAUUGUGGUUGGUGUGUCCUACACAACAGGUGCUGCCGCCGAAGUGAGUGUGAGCGAGCUGAAGAGCCAAACCGCUUUACUGCUAACAUUAGUCAGUGUGUACAUUUGGAGGUGACCCCAAACAAUGCAUCAGUCAGUGUCCCCGAACAGAUGCUGACCCUCUCUGUGAGGAAUGUUCCCAGUCUGUCUGCAGGAGUUACCUGCUUGUUUGGGGACAUGGCUGAGAGUGAGGCCACAAUUGGAGAUGAAAACAUCCACUGUUUCUCUCCCUCUGCUCCCCAAGUUCCUGCAGUGAUUGGGGGGUCCGGUGCCAUUCACACUAUCCAGAUAUACCUGAAAUCCAAGGAAACUGGGCUGACAUUUGCCAGCUCUGACUUUGUUUUCUACAAUUGCAGUGUUCUCCAGUCGUGUCUUUCAUGCGUGAGCAGCCCGUACUCCUGCCACUGGUGCAAGUAUCGUCACUUAUGUACUCACAAGGCUGAGGAGUGCUCCUUUGUUGAGGGACGCGUUAAUAGCACUGAGGGUUGUCCAGAGAUUAUACCAACUGGUGAAAUAUUAAUUCCUGUUGGAGUAGUGCAACCAAUCACAUUGAAGGCCAAAAACCUGCCUCAGCCUCAGUCCGGCCAGAAGAACUAUGAGUGUGUGUUCAACAUCCAAGGGAAAGUGCAACGUGUCCCAGCUGUGAGGUUUAACAGCAGCAGUGUGCAGUGCCAGAAUACCUCCUACACUUACGAAGGCAAUGAGUCGGGAAACCUUUCUGUGGGUUUCUCUAUUGUGUGGGACGGACACUUUUACAUUGAUAAGCCAUCCUCAUUUAAGGCUUUGCUGUAUAAGUGUCCAGCUCAGAGAGAGAGCUGCGGUCAAUGUCUUAAGGCAGAUCCCAGAUUUGAAUGUGGCUGGUGUGUAUCUGAGGGAAAGUGCCUCCUUCGCCAAUACUGUGGCAAUUCCAAAACCAACUGGAUGCAUCUAAGCAAGCGGAACAUGCGCUGUAGCUACCCCCGAAUUUCUGAGAUACAGCCACUGACUGGCCCCCGUGAAGGGGGUACAAAAGUCACAAUUACUGGCUCCAACCUUGGGCUUCAUUACAAAGAGGUGUGGGUUCAGGUGGCAGGAGUACAGUGCACAUCUGUGCCCUCUGAAUACAUCAGCGCAGAGAGGUUUGUCUGUGAGAUGGAAGAGUCAUUAGUCCCUAGUCCUGCUCCAGGUGUAGUGGAGUUGUGCAUCGGUGACUGCAGUGCAGAAUACCGGAGCCACUCGGACCAGCUGUACACAUUUGUGACCCCGAGCUUCCAUGCUGUAAGCCCCAAUAGAGGCCCAUCCUCGGGGGGGACACAUCUCACCAUCAGUGGCAGAAAUCUGGAUGCUGGCAGCUCCGUGACUGUGUUACUGAGAGACUCUGAGUGCCAGUUUGUCAGGCGGACUCUGCGGGAGAUUAUCUGCAUCUCCCCCUUUUCAUCUCAGGGGCCCAAACCUGCACACAUCACGCUCCGAAUUGAUAAAUCUAAUAUUCUAAACAUGGAUGUGAUUUACCAGUAUACAGAGGAUCCCACCAUUUCUCAACUGGAACCAGCCUGGAGUAUCCUAAAUGGCAGCACUUGGAUCACUGUGAGUGGCACUCACCUUUCCACCAUUCAAGAACCGCAGGUUCGAGCCAAAUAUUCCGGAAUUGAGACCAUCAACUCUUGUCAGGCAGUGAAUGACACAUUGAUGCUCUGCAAGGCUCCAGGUAUCUACAUAUCAAAUGGGGAAGCCGUUCAAGAAGAGGGGUUACAGCCAGAUGAAUUUGGAUUUAUACUGGAUAAUGUCACCAGCCUCCGUACCCUGAACUCCACCAUAUUCACAUAUUAUCACAACCCGACCCUGGAAUCCUUUGGGCCAAGUGGAACCUUAGAAAUUAAACCAGGAUCUCAUGUUAUCCUUAAGGGAAAGAAUCUGCUUCCAGCAGCUCCAGGAGGGGCCAAGUUAAACUACACUGUGCUGAUAGGGGACCAGCCAUGCUCUCUGACUGUGUCAGACACUCAACUGCUGUGCGACUCUCCCAGCCAAACGGGAGAGCACAAAGUCACAAUUUUGGUUGGUGGGAUGCAGUUCUCUCCAGGCAGUCUGCGAAUAUAUGCAGACAGCUCCCUCACCCUACCAGCCAUAGUGGGAAUAGGAGCUGGAGGAGGGUUACUGCUUCUUGCUAUUAUUUUUGUUCUCAUCGCUUACAAGAGAAAGACAAGAGAUGCUGAUCGCACCUUGAAGAGGCUUCAGAUGCAGAUGGACAAUCUGGAAUCACGUGUAGCCCUGGAGUGCAAAGAAGCAUUUGCAGAGCUCCAGACUGACAUCAAUGAGCUGACCAAUAACAUGGAUGGCGUUAAGAUCCCAUUUCUAGAUUACAAAACAUACGCUAUGCGAGUUCUUUUCCCAGGGAUAGAAGAUCACCCUGUACUGAAGGAAUCUGAUGUCCCCUCCAAUGUGGAGAAAGCCCUGCGGCUUUUUGGGCAGCUUCUAAAUAACAAAACGUUUCUGCUGACAUUUAUCCACACUCUUGAAAGUCAGCGAAGUUUCUCUAUGCGGGAUCGAGGCAACGUGGCAUCUCUGACCAUGGUGGCUCUGCAGGGACGGAUGGAGUAUGCUACUGUUCUGCUCAAGCAACUUCUCAGUGACCUCAUUGAAAAGAACUUGGAGAGUAAAAACCACCCCAAACUGCUACUGCGGAGGACAGAAUCUGUAGCAGAGAAGAUGCUGACAAACUGGUUCACAUUUCUGCUCUAUAAGUUCUUGAAGGAGUGUGCUGGGGAACCGCUCUUUAUGCUCUUCUGUGCUAUCAAGCAGCAGAUGGAAAAGGGACCCAUCGAUGCCAUUACUGGGGAGGCUCGAUACUCACUGAGUGAAGAUAAACUCAUCCGGCAACAGAUCGACUACAAGAUGCUUACACUGAGUUGUGUUUGUCCAGACAGUGAGAAUGGCACAGAGAUCCCUGUGAAGGUCCUUAAUUGUGACACAAUCACACAGACCAAGGACAAGCUGCUGGAUGCUGUGUAUAAGGGCAUCCCACACACUCAGAGACCAAAGGCUGAAGACAUGGACUUAGAGUGGCGACAGGGACGGAUUACAAGGAUCGUGCUGCAGGAUGAGGACGUCACUACAAAGAUUGAAUAUGAUUGGAAACGGCUGAACACACUGGCGCACUAUCAGGUGACUGAUGGAUCCACGAUGGCCCUUAUCCCCAAACAGGUGUCGGCCUACAACAUCACCAAUUCUUUCACAUUUACCCGCUCUCUGAGUCGAUAUGAGAGUCUUCUGCGCACAUCCAGCAGUCCUGACAGCUUGCGCUCUCGUGCACCCAUGAUCACCCCUGACCAGGAGACUGGAACCAAACUUUGGCACUUAGUAAAGAAUCAUGACCACUCUGAUAAUAAGGAAGGUGACCGUGGCAGCAAAAUGGUAUCUGAGAUUUAUCUGACUCGCUUACUAGCGACCAAGGGGACGCUGCAGAAGUUUGUGGAUGACCUUUUUGAGACUGUGUUUAGCACAGCACAUAGAGGCAGCGCCCUUCCCCUAGCUAUUAAGUACAUGUUUGACUUUUUAGAUGAACAGGCAGAAAGAAGACAGAUUACAGACCCUGAUGUGCGGCACACAUGGAAGAGCAAUUGCCUCCCACUGCGUUUCUGGGUGAAUGUGAUCAAGAACCCACAGUUUGUGUUUGACAUCCACAAGAACAGUAUCACAGAUGCCUGUCUUUCUGUUGUGGCCCAAACCUUUAUGGACUCUUGUUCUACAUCAGAGCAUCGCCUGGGCAAGGAUUCCCCAAGUAACAAACUGCUCUAUGCCAAGGAUAUCCCCAACUACAAAACCUGGGUGGAGAGAUAUUACAGAGACAUCAGUAAGAUGUCAGCAAUUAGCGACCAGGACAUGGAUGCCUACUUGGUAGAGCAAUCACGACUGCACGCCAAUGAAUUCAACUCUCUGAGUGCACUUAGUGAACUCUACUUCUAUGUGAAUAAGUACCAGGAAGAAAUUCUCACAGCUCUAGACCGUGAUUCGUACUGCCGCAAGCACAAACUGCGUCAGAGGCUGGAGCAAGUAAUCAAUAUGGUAUCCAGUAACAGCUGAGCGUUCAGCCCUUGUCCCCUGGAAGCUCCCAAAGACAAGCCUUUGGAUAAGCCAGUUAGUGAGAAGUGUUGGCUGGGAGCCCCAUGGGAGAGGGGUUCAUAAGAGACGGGCAAUGUGCAAAGCUAGGGCACUGCCACAGAGACUUCAUGGAGCCACCAAUGGGAGCCUGUGUCACCAGAGCUGACAUCUCGGAUCUCUUUGGUUUGCAGCAGAAACAUCACCAGCCAUGGCCCCGUGUGCCCAUGGGCAUACAGCUUCCCUGCCCACCCCACAUCCUUUUAUCUGUGUGUAAAAAGGUGCCCACAGUGCCUUGUGCUAUGUUUGUAAGGGCAGCUUGGCAGUAGGGCACAUCCCUGGCACUUUUGCCAUGCUAGUGUUUGGUGUCCUUGUAUUUGGUUCCAAGUGUCCCCAAGAGGAACCCCAAGUGCACAGAGAGGGGCAUCUCAAACUCCCAAUCUCUCUGUAGAAGACAUGAAGCCAUAUGGGGGAGCCCCAUCCCUUCUCCCCACAAAUAAUCUCACUGCACUCUGGUACCCCAAUGUUCUGCUGCUCUAUUAUUGUGCUUGUUGGUCUUUGCCCAUCACAGAAGGAGCUUUAACUUGAUUAGGGGGCCCUUUUGUUCUGGGUUAUGUUCAUUGCCAUGCAAUACCAGUGCUGAUCUUUGCAAGGGGAGGUUGGGGGGCUAUCCCAGUACCACAUGAUCAGUCAUUACAUGUUGGUAUUCACCAUCAUAUAGAGACAAUACUGCAAGCUUCACUGGCAAUCAAAGGGUUAAACCCCAAUUCCAGGUUCUGGUAUCUAGAUCUUGGCUUUUUGUAUGUGUGUGUUAUUUAUUUAACUUAUUUUUUAUUAAGCCCUUGGCUGCAAGCAGUGUGUAAUAAUCAGUAACGUGUGUGUGAUAUAAACCUCCAGUUGGUAACGCCACUUGAAUCUCUGCCCCUGAUCACUGCACCUCUGGCAUUGCUCUUGCACAACACUCAUUAUCUUCCUCUACAUGCUCCCCUAAAGUUCCCUGACUUUCCACAAUUACCUUCUUUCUACUGGCUACCCACUAGCCCCAUCCCUUUGUUUCUCCUCCCAGUCGCUUCCCAUGAUCCUCUUCCCUGUACUCAAUAGGACCUGUCAGCCCUUUCCUGUACUGUCUACCUAUCAUUUAUUUCACUGUACUCCCUACUAUACAUAAGCCCCUUUCCUGUACUCCUUGAUCAUUAUCCUCCUAUACUGUUCCCCUGUACUCUCCUUCAUCCCAUCAUCUUACUGUUCCCCUGUACUUGCUGGCUUCCCAUCAGCUCCAUACCUGUCUCUCUUGUAUAUACUAUGCAUCAUUCUCUCUUCCCUGUCUCCCUGUACUAUCAUCCCUGUGUGCCAUUUUCACCUGUCAGGGUUGUCACCAGGAAGGUAAAGGGGUGUGUCAUCACAUCCAAAAGAUGUGUAGUGGGAUUUUUAGGACCCUAAGCUGGUUAAUGGGCUGGGUUUCUGCAUAAUGGGUGUGGCAGGUGUUUUUCUAGGGCCCCAUUCUACUUGUUGUCAGUGCCCUCAACCCAUGGGGCACAAAUGACCAAUAGGGUAAUAAUUGGGGCACCUUGGGGGAGAGUCACUGGUAAUUUAGUAGUGUGGGUGCCCAUGAGUCUUGAUGGUGGCCCUGCCUCCAGUCCCUUUCCAUUAUCAAGUAAGGUCUUCUCAAACUAGUUGUAAACGGAGGAGACGGAUGUUGUAGCUGUUGAGUACAGUGUUGGUGUGAAACUUGGGUAGUUGUGCAAUCACUAUAUACUCCGUCAGUCUCUUAGUGACACCCCAGAGUACAGUAUUGCCCCCUAACUGUGUGAGCCUCGAGGGGCACAAACCAAAGCAUACAAGUGAAAGCAAUAAUCGGGCAGUUCCUGAGUGUGUGUUGCUGUAUAUGCAGGUUCCCCCCAUACAGAGAUGUUUCCGGGAUCAGGUGUCCCAUCUCCAAGCCAGAGAGUUUGGUGGUAACUUGCCUGUCCAUGUUCCGUAUUGCCAAACCUGAAACAUUCCAUAGAAGCAUUUAGUCUCAGCAGCAGCCGACACACUGAUUUCUGUAUUGAUACCUCUCAGUGGGAACAGCUUUGGCCUUUCCUUGGGGCAGUGUAUAAAUAUGGAGAAAUAUAUAUAUAUAUAUUUGUGAUAUUUGUGCAUUUCUUUUUCUGUAUAUUUGUGCCAUUUUAUCUCAUAUUCUUCAUCGGUUCUCUCUCUUAUUGAGGUUUCUAUACGUUCUAGCAGUAAGACAGGUUGAUGUGUGCGGCAGCUAGGUAAUUCUCUGUUCCACUGCAAUGUCCUGCAGGCCAGCACCCAGACGCUUGAAAUCUCCACCAUCAAUGAAGGAAUUUAGGUGCCUUAGCAACAUAUUCCACCCCACCAUAGGAUCUGCCAUUUCCCUGCAGAUAUGGGGGAGCCAAUGAAAUGGGCAGGGUGUACAGUAUUUAGCAGCACUUUAUGUCCACGGUGGCUGAGGAUCCAAUACUGUGAGCAUGGCUUUUUUAUUUCAGGAUGUUUUUUUGCAGAAUAAAUCAUAUAAAAUCA